AGAAAAUAAAAUGAUAUUUGCAAUGCCCCCAAAACGAGAGAGAGCCCGCCCGAGAGGCUGCACGAGCGGCAGCAUAGGCAAGGGCGUGAGAACGAGAGAGCCUGCGACUCCAUUGCAGCGCCGCAAGCAGCGCAGUUGACGUCGCAGCAGCCACAGCGCAACACACGCUGCAUCUCUGUCUAACGCAAGCUAAACAAACGGCAACUAUGUCCCGCAUUUGUUUAUAUGAGUGCGAGCGACUUGCCAACAACUAUCUCGCCUGCACACAGGAGCGCCAUUCGUCGUCGCUUCGGCUCGCUCGUUCGUGUGUGUGCGUGUGCGCUCGGCUGGCAGUUAUCGGUAAUCGGGCUGUCCGCUUUGCCGUCGCGUUUGCCGUUUUCCGUUUUCAGUUUUUGUUUGACGUUCGCGUGAAGCGCCCGCAAAACGCAAAACGCACGAGGAAGAAACGUUCGCUCGAAAGGGAAACCGUUUCAACGUUUCACCGUUUACCGUUAGUCAGCUGUUUCCGUUCCGCCGCGAAAUCGAAAAUCGAGAAUUUUUGCGUUGUUCAAAUUUUUUUGCAAGUGAGAGAGAAUCUUGAACAACAAGAAGAAUCAUAAAUAUAUACCAAAACCAGAAAAGAUCAAGAAAGUGUUAAGAAAAAAGUGAUAAAGGAUAAGGAUAAGAAGAAGAAGAAAAUAUACAACUAAAUACUGGAAUACAAGGAAGAAUAAGAAGAAGAGGAAAAAUUAUUAAAAAAAAAAUACAUAAGAGGAGCGGAAUUUCGCGCUUUGUUUUUGUUUUGCCAAAUUUGCCGCCGGCACACACGUGCUAUCCCCCUCUCGCUCGCACCCAUCGCCCCCCAAUCUUGAUGUGCGUUAACCGUUAAGUGCGUUGGUGGGGUUUAACCCGCUCCUCUCUAUCUCUCUCUGUCUUUCUCUUGCUUCCAAACACCCCCAAACACACAAUCACGCACCCACACACACACUCGCGCGCAUCGUACACACGCGGGACUUAACCCACUGACGGCCGGCUUCCCCCCAAAAAAAAAAACGCAAAAGAAAGCAACCACAGAACCCCCCUUAAAAAACAACCAAAAAAUAAAACAACAACAACAAAAAACUCCAUCCCCCCCGGCAUCAAGAUAUUCGACAACAAAAUUCUCACCGAGGCCUCAAAAGCGCCCCUGAGGGCCGUCGCACUGGCGUCAUUUCUGGGCGACGGGUUCGCCGCCCUCGGUAGCCGCGCCCCCCCGCCCAAGGACCAUCUGAUGGCGUUCGGGGCGGUACUACACACCAGCCAGCACAAUAUCGGUCGCAGUGAACCGCCUGUGGGCGUUGGCGAUCCCUGCGCCGGAUGCAACAAGCCCAUACUGGACAAGUUCCUGCUGAAUGUCCUGGAACGCGCAUGGCACGCCUCCUGCGUCCGCUGCUGUGAAUGCCUCCAACCGCUAACCGACAAAUGCUUCAGCCGCGAGUCGAAGCUCUACUGUCGCAACGAUUUCUUCAGACGUUACGGCACCAAGUGCAGUGGCUGCGGACAGGGUAUUGCGCCGUCGGAUCUUGUGCGAAAGCCCAGGGACAAGGUCUUCCAUCUGAACUGCUUCACCUGCUGCAUUUGCCGCAAGCAAUUGAGCACAGGUGAGCAGCUCUAUGUGCUGGACGACAAUAAGUUUAUCUGCAAGGACGACUAUCUGCUGGGCAAGGCGCCAUCCUGCGGCCACAAUUCGCUGAGCGAUUCAUUAAUGGGCUCGGCGAGCGAAGACGAUGACGACGAUGAUCCACCGCAUUUGCGGGCCACGGCACUCGGAUUGGGCGUACUGGGUCCCAAUGGACCCGACUCAGCGGGCGGACCUCUGGGCACAUCGGAUAUAUCAGUACAAAGCAUGAGCACCGAUAGCAAAAAUACCCAUGACGAUUCCGAUCAGGGCUCCUUGGAUGGCGAUCCGGAUGGACGUGGCGAUUCCCAGGCGGAGAACAAAAGUCCCGACGAUGCCAACGGAUCGAAGCGACGCGGUCCGCGCACCACCAUCAAGGCCAAACAGCUGGAGGUGCUCAAGACGGCCUUCAAUCAGACGCCGAAGCCGACACGCCACAUCAGGGAGCAACUGGCCAAGGAGACCGGGCUGCCCAUGCGCGUUAUACAGGUGUGGUUCCAAAACAAAAGGUCAAAGGAGCGACGCAUGAAGCAAAUUACCAGCAUGGGUCGUCCGCCGUUCUUCGGUGGCGCUCGUAAAAUGAGGGGAUUCCCCAUGAAUCUCUCGCCCGGCGGACUGGACGAUGGACCAGGCUUUCCCUAUUUUGCGGCGGACGCCAAGUUCGAGUUCGGCUACGGCGGACCCUUCCACCCGCACGACGGACCCUAUUUCCCCGGACAUCCCGGCGGACCGAUGCCGUUCAAUGCGCCAGGUGGCCCCAUGGACCACAGCGGACCCAUACCGAUGGUGAACGAGUUCGGACUGACGCCGGAGGCGACGUUCCUUGGCCAGGCGGGCGGUCCGCCGAUGCAGCUGCAGUCGGCCGUUGGACCGCCGCCACCGCCGCCGCCGCCAAGCGCCGAGCAUUUGAUGGCGGCCGCAGCAGCAGCGGCGCAGCAACAGGCGGCGCAACAGCAACAGCAGCAGCAACAACAACAGCAGCAGCAGCAGCAACAGAAUGCGCAACAAGCGGCGAAUCAGACGCAGCAGCAACAGCAGCAGCAACAAAAUGGCCCCCGAACCAAUUCGCCGGAGUUCAUGAGCUCGGCGAAUUUCAGCGAACCGCAGAAUAUGCAAAAUGAAGGGCUCGUUUGGUAAUAUACGAAACAGUUGGCAACGCGGCUGCUGCUCUUCGGCAGAGAGCGAAUGCGGGAGCGAGAGAGAGAGAGAGCGGCGCACGGCGAGUAACAGAGUGGGAGGGAACGAUGUAGAGUGAGAGGGCGAAACAAAAAAAAAAAGUUCACCUCUUGCUGUAGUGCCGUCUCGUUCUGGCCAAAGGCUAAGCCCCACCCCUCUGAUACGUUUUGUUUUUGUUAUACUUUUAUUAUUAUUAUUAUUAUUAUUAUUAUUACUGAGCUAUUUUUUUUCUAUAUCAAUUCGG